UCUUGACAAUGUGAGUCCAUUGCAAUCCUUUAAGUUUAAGUGCUGUUGUGAUUUUCUUUGCGUCUUAAGGAACGCUGGAGUCAGAGAAGGUGAUUAUCGUAGAAGAAGAUGUCUGUUGUUGAGAAAGAGAUUGAUUGUGCCAAUGCAGCCAGAGGUGUCUGGCUUGUAAAGGUACCAAAAUAUAUAUCAACAAGGUGGGAAAAAGCUGAGUCACUGACUGAAGUAGGUCGCUUAAAAAUUGCCAAAGGUUCUGGUGGGAAACCAGAGAUCACUUUCAAGUUGGCAGAAGACUUAGUCAAUAUGAAAGAUACAGGAGACAAAACUGUAAUUCCAAGAGACCAUCAGUUUGCAGUUUCCACAAUACCUAAUCAAGUUUUAGCUGUAUUUUCUGAGCCCAGAGGUGACAAUUCUGGGGAAUCAACCUUAGGACAAGGUGAAAGUAAUGGGAAACUUGUAUUAGAAGGCCAUGUGGUUCAAAAAGGAGAAUGUAGGCCUAUUGUUAAUGAAAAAUACAUGCAGCUAAAGAGACAGUCAAUUCUUCAGGCUAGUCAGCCACAAAGGUCAGUGAAGCAGAUUGCUAAGAUUGUCCAAAACUUUAAACCUGUAUCUGACCACAAAAACAAUAUAGAAUUUGAACAACGUAAAAAAGCUGAAGGCAAGAAAUCCAGGGAAGACAAAGAGAAGGUUAUGGACAUGCUUUUUGCUGCAUUUGAGAAACACCAAUAUUACAAUCUCAAAGAUUUGGAAAAAAUUACAAGGCAACCAAUUCCUUAUCUGAAAGAAAUCUUGAAAGAAAUCUGUAAUUACAAUGCCAAGAACCCACAUAAGAACAUGUGGGAACUGAAGCCUGAGUUUAGACACUACAAAGAUAAAAACAAUACAUCAUAACAGACUUGCACACUCAUAGUAGACUAUUUUCAGAAAUUAACUGAACUUAUGCCUAGUUUUGAAGAGGAUGAAAAAUGAAGUAUUCCAAGAAACAACUAUUCCGAUAAAACUUCAUAAUUAAUAUUAUCAUGACAUCUUUCAAGAGAUAAAAUAUUAUCCAUUCAGGUUUUAAAAUUUUGAGCUUGCUACGUUAAUUGUAAAACCUUGUGAUUUAAAAAUAGGAAUUGAAAAACCAGUAGCUCUUAAUAUAUAAAUCAUUUGAUUUUAACAGAGACCAUGAGUAUUUCAGAAAUCAGGAGUAAGCUCACAUAAAUCAUGUGCUGUAUUUAUUUUCUCCGAUAUAUUUUUAUGGGCCUUGUUCUAAACGUUGUAUGAUAAAAACUACUGUGUUUUGUAAUAAAAAAUUUUUGGGUAGAAA